UCAACUCAACCUAACGAUGAUACCGGAUGUCCACAAGCCCGACCAAGCGCAAUGGGAUCAGUUGGACCAGAUGGUUAAAGAGACUCGAAACUUUCUGACCGAAUAUGACGAGAUUGUGCUGCACAAAGAACUCUACCGUACCCUGUUCGUGUAUCACCUGACCAACCUGCGCGAUGAGGUGAUCAUGCUGUUGAAGAAAUUUACUACGUUACCCACAGAUAUUAAGGAGGAGAAAGAAAUUGAGUGUUGCGGUCUGAUGUAUAAUGAUAAGGACGCAUUCAAAAAACACUAUGAAGAUGUGCAUAACAAAAAGGUCCUCCAGUCAGCAUCCUUGUGCGAGCUUAAAAUGUCUUUAACUAAAAUAUCCUUCUUCGAGCGACACAUUAAGGAUUAUUUGGCCGGAGGGGAGGAAUCGAGCUGUGAGCUUCUAUUGAAUCUGCGGAGGAUAUUGAGACGGCUGGAUCAUACACUGGAGUUUUAG